AUGACGGAGCGUAUUUCGUGCGAUGACAAAAGCAUCUACAUCACGGUGAACCUGAGGGAUGCCCUCGUCCAGGCUCGAAGCAAACUUGAGCCUCGCGCCCUAUGGGUCGACUCUAUCUGCAUCAAUCAGGAAGACAGGGAGGAGAAGGGGCUGCAGGUGGCGCUCAUGGCUGAGAUUUACAGAAAGUCUAGCUGUACGGUCAUAUGUCUGGGCCAAAAUGAUGCCGAGGCCCAUGCCGUAGCUGCAGCAGGUUUGCUCGCCGACGUGAACGCCAUGAUGGAUCGGGUGCUGCAGCACAAGGGCUUCUCUUGGGAGCCUGACAGUUUUCCGGUACCAGAUCCAGAUGAUCCUCUCCUGUCGGAUGCACGAUGGGAAUCCGUUGCCAUCCUCACAGGGCAGCCGUGGUUCCGCAGAGGCUGGGUGGUGCAAGAAGCAGCACUGGGGCCAGACGCGCGCAUACUUUGGGGCGACGUGGAGAUCGACUGGCUCCAAUUCUUGCGUGCUUACUCUUGGGUUCACCACAGAGCCAUUACGAUUCAUUUCAGGGUUUUUGGCGACCGGUCGAUAUCUUGGUUACAUCUCAUGCCCUUUCACCUCAGGCGGAAGCAAGAGACGAUAACGACCAGGCCUGCAGGUCACGAUCCGUCUUUGACAAUGCUGCAGGUUCUGGACUGUGCAAGGGUCCUGAGUGUGACCGAUGCAAGGGACAGGGUCUAUGCUUGCCUCGGUCUACCAAAUUCCACUCCAAGACCGCCUGAGUUGAUGCCAACCUAUUAUGGGACACAUCUAGAGGUGUACCGCGAGUUUGCCUGCGAAUAUUUGCAGUCGACGCAUAUGGACCUCGACAUUCUUCUCUUCACUCAACACGACGAAGAAACAUUGAGCGAUGCUGAAUUCGGAUCUUGGAUUCCUCGCUGGCAUCUCCACUACUCUGCAAGUCUUUUCAGAAACAACAUACGACCUGUUGCGCCCCUAUCUUCCCAUGCAUCAUCGGGCGCCAGAAGGCCUUCGUUGGUCGACCAGAACACGCUGAAAGUCCAGGGUGUGCGUAUAGGAACCGUCAGAUUCGCUUCUGAGCUGUUUCUCUACCACAGCACAGAUAUCGAGACAGUCAAGCAUGUUUGGCAGGAUGCUACAUCAACGAGCUCUGGAAGAAACGAGGAGUUGAACUACAACUCUCAUGCCUCCACCCUCGAAGCCAUGAUUCAGACCCUGACAGCAGGGAACUACAGGGGUUCUCUCGAAGCUUGGGCUGAAAAAGAAUCCGAGUAUGCAGACUUUUUGCAGGCAGAAGACGGGAUCAAGAGCGAAAUCCCUGUGGGCGUGUCAGAGGUGCAUGAAACUCUCCUGCAAACCGCCCAUAAUCGGAAGCUCAUCGUGACCGACCGAGGACACUACGGCCUUGCGCCACUUACCACACGUGCAGGCGACGCCGUGUAUGUCAUUAUCGGUGCGAAAAUGGUCUUCAAACUCCGUGGGACGGAGCGAGAUCAUCAUUAUAGGUUUGUUGGAGAUAGCUACAUGUUGAGCAAGGCAAGGCCUGAAGAUUUCAAGCUUCUGAAACCACUUGGCUUCAACGAGAAAUUUGAUGACUGGGUCAACUGGGGCCUCGAAGAGGAAGAUAUUUAUCUUUGCUAG